ACCUCCUGGUUCAUUUAAGAAACAGAAAAAGCGAUGUAAACUCAAAGGCUACUUUAUUAGAAAGACCUAAUAUCCCUGCACAUUAAUGGGAUUAUCCAACUGGCUAAUCAUGUGGAAGCACUUCAAUGGAGACAAUCAUGCAGACACAGGUCAAAAGCUUCAGUCAGUUUUCACGUCUCAUGCUGCAGAGAGUGACAGGUGUGGUGUACCUGCUGCAGCAUCCUUUCUCUAUAAAAGCUCCAUGGAGCUCCAGGGCUCAGCAUCACACCUCCAGCCUCAGCAGACGGCUUAAAACGAGACAGAACUUGUCCACAGAUUCCACAGUUUCAUUAAAGAUGAUCUGGAUCCGAGUGCUCAUCGUAAGCAGCUUGUUGGCUCUUCUUCAUGCUCAUAAACACUGCACACAGCUUGUAAAAUGGGGAAACCUCCUCCAAACCUUAAGCAGCAUGAGCAGUGGGAUAUCUGAAACAUGUGCUCAUCACUAUAACAAGGACAGACUUUGUGAUCCAUCACAUAUGCUACAUCAGGUGGAACUGAAUGCCAUGCUGCUGUCUGAUGUCAUGAAGGAAGCAGAAUCCAUUUACUACAAAAAUCCAAACCCUGAACACUUCAUCCACCAGCUUCAACGCACACAACGCACUCUAACCCAAUGCACUCUUCACCCCCAGACCUUCGAUCACAAGCCUGUCACUACGUGCUUCAAAAAACUGCAGACUUUUAUUCAGGACAAUAUGUCUCAUGAGAGCUGUGCGUGGGAGAUAGUAAAUGUGACAGUGAGGGAAAUCCUUCAGCGGCUGGAGAAACGCAUGCUCCGGAAACGACGCUGAGCUCGAUGGUUCCUUUUGUAACCUUGUCUUUCUUCUUUGUUUCUUUGUCUUUCUUUCAUUCUUUUUUUUAUUUCUCUCACUAUAAAUACUUGUCUGUAUAUUAUCAAUGUCUGUGCAUUGAUUCAACUUUAAUAUUUAAACAAGAGAAGAUAAUAUGUGCCAGAUAAAUCUACUACUAAUAAUAAAGUAUGUUUUUAUUAAACACUUCUAGAUGGUGUACUGUAUCUCAUGCACAUAAGCUGUUGGUCUUUCUGCCCUUUUUUUAAAUUAAAAUAAGAAAGUUUUA